AUGGAAUCUAAGGAACAAAAGAAAGAAGGAAACAAGGAGGCUCCAAAAUAUAGGGUAAAGGGCCGCUUUAACAACAGGAAUAAUAAAAAUACUGAGAUUCAUCCUCAAGAUAAACGGGAACGAACAAAACCAGAACACGAAGCAAAGGGAAAACACAAGAGCACUGAACAGAUCAAUAAAUAUGAAUUAGCAGACGAAGAGAAAUUAAAGCUUAGGAGAAACAGAUUUAGUGGGGAUAAUAAAAACUUUAAUUCAACAAGCAAUCAGUAUGGGUAUGUGAGCAGAGGUGAAGACAAUCGAUUACAAAAAAGUCAUAAGGAAAGAUUAAACUUCUUCAGCCACAUUGUUUCCUCUUUUAUACGUUACAGCAAUGAAAAUACAUCGUCAGAUUUGAAUAGAGAUUUUGAUAGGUUUAUCAACAGGAAUGACAUACCACCAGAAUCCGAUGAUCCUGGAAUACUGGAUAUCCCUACGAUCGAUUCAAUAUUAAACAAUUUAAGAAAACUAAGAGAGGCAUUAUUGCAUGAAAGGGCAACUGAGUUUAUCAAGAAAGUAUUCUUGUUUUCCAUUAGAGUAGCCGUUAACAUGGGGCAUUACCAAACAUAUAUCCCCAGCAUUACCUAUUUGCUUCAUUCACACAAUUCUCUGCUACUAGAAGACACUGAAAAACAAGAGAUUGCAACAAUACUAGUACUACAUACUGCACAUUUUAAUGGUGAAAACUCCAAAGCAUUACAACUCUACUUUAAAUAUGUUGACACAUCCGAGAUUAAAACCUUGAAAAUAUUGAAGAGUUGGAUAAACAAUGAUUACUACAAUUGGAUACAGUAUUAUAAUUCAGAAACUGAUAACGGAAAAGCAUUCCUCAUGAAAUUUGGUUUACCUCAUAUGGCUCGUCAUAUGGUUAAUUCAAUCAGUAAGUCAUAUUUCAGUUUCAAAUUGAAGGAUUUUGAAGAUAAUUAUUUGCCCAAUGGAUCUUCUUACACACAAUUGAGUGAUAAGUACAAAAUCAAUUGGAAACUUGAAAAUGAUACAAUAGUAGUUAGAGAACGUAAUGUUCGGUAA